AACAGGAAGUAAAUACACUUCUCUAAAAACUGAAGCCUGGAAAGCCGUCGAAGCUGCCAAUCGCUUCUUUGCAAGCAAACUUGCUUGAUUCUUGAUUCCAACGGUUUUUGGCGUCGACAAUGCUUUGAAAUUCGCCCAAAAGAGGAAACCAUUCGCCUGCUUUUAUUGCAUGUGGCUCCGAGGAUUGAGAGCAACUGUGUUGCUUCGUGAUGCCUUCGAUCGUCCGGACAUGGUUUAAUGUUAGCGUUUUAAUUGUGACAUAUUUCUCACCGGCGAUUUUGUCAACAGGCAGGCUGAAUGUCCUUUUAAUAAUAUCAGAUGAUCUGCGACCAACAAUUGGAUGCUAUGGUGAUCCUAUGGUCAAAUCGCCGAAUAUUGACCAGCUUGCUUCCAAAAGCAAUGUCUUUCACAAUGCGUUCGCUCAGCAAGCCGUGUGCGGACCCAGUAGAACCUCAUUUUUAACUAGUCGCAGACCAGACACAACCAGACUAUAUGACUUUAAUUCCUACUGGAGAGUCCAUGCCGGAAACUACACCACACUCCCUCAGUACUUCAAAUCCCGAGGCUAUACCACAAUGUCUGUUGGGAAAGUCUUUCACCCAGGUAUCGCUUCCAAUCACUCGGAUGAUUACCCGUACAGUUGGUCUGUGCCUCCGUAUCAUCCUCCCUCUUUCGCCUAUGAAAAGAGGAAGGUCUGCAAGGGCGAUGACGGCAAGCUGCAUGUAAACCUGCUGUGCCCUGUUAAUGUGACGGAAAUGCCUAUGAAGACCUUACCAGACAUGGAGAACACGGAGGAAGCAGUGAGGCUGCUUAAAUCUGCCAAAGAGACAGACAGCCCCUUCUUUCUGGCUGUGGGGUACUACAAGCCUCACAUUCCCUUUAGGAUCCCGCAGGAAUUCCUGGAGCUGUACCCCUUGGAGAACGUGACGCUAGCUCCGGACCCAGACAUCCCGGGCGGCCUGCCCCCCGUGGCCUACAACCCCUGGACAGACAUCCGGAAGAGGGAAGACGUGCAGUCCCUGAACGUCAGCUUUCCCUACGGACCGGUCCCCAAGGAGUUCCAGCGGCGGAUCCGUCAGCACUAUUUCGCGGCUGUGACCUAUGUGGACGCUCAGGUGGGUCGGCUCCUGAGCGCGCUGGAUGACCUGGGCUUGGCCAAUGACACCAUGGUGGUGUUCACCUCUGACCACGGCUGGUCACUGGGAGAGCACGGAGAAUGGGCCAAGUACAGCAACUUUGAUGUGGCCACACGCGUGCCUCUCAUUGUCCAUGUACCUGGACUGACAUCAGCGCCACACAAACUGGGGGAAAGGUCCUUCCCUUACAUAGACGUCUUCCGCCAUUCCGACCAGCAGUUCACUCUGGGGAGGGCGGUGAGGGACGUGGUGGAGCUGGUGGACCUGUUCCCCACGGUGUCGGAGCUGGCGGGGCUGAAGCCGCCCCCGCCCUGCCCCCCCUCCUCUUUCGGGGUGCGGCUCUGCAGCGAAGGCUCCAGCCUGGCCAGGAGCUUCCUCGCCGCGGGGCGCCGCCCGAACUCGGAGGACAUCGCCUACAGCCAGUACCCCCGCCCCUCGGACGCCCCCCGCCAGGACUCGGACCUGCCCCUCCUGGCCGACAUCCGCGUCAUGGGCUACUCCAUCCGCUCCUGCGACUACCGCUACACCCUGUGGGUGACCUUCGACCCCGCCAGCUUCCGCGCCAACAUGACGGACGUCCACGCCGGGGAGCUGUACCUCCUGCAGGACGACCCCGGGCAGGACCGCAACGUUUACGACGGCGGCGGCGGCGGCGAGCACGGCCGCCUCCUGGCCAAGCUGGACGGCCACCUCCACUGGACCAGCACUCUGAGGCAGCACCUGCUCUACUUUAACUCAGGGUCAAAGGUCAAGGGGAUGUUCUGAAGCAGUAUUCUUUGCAGUGUGUUUAUAAAAGGAAAAAAAAAAGAAAACAUUGGUAUCAUUGCAAUGCCUCUGCGAAUGAAACUCAUUUUUAUACAGACCUAUUUUUCUACUGUAAAAGGGGAGAGCGGGCAUGUAAUGUCUGCCUUUAUUCUUUCAUAAUGUGUAACUGCACAAUUGAAAGUAUGUUCUGCUUUGUAAUGAGGGAUUUGACGGCUGCAGUAAUCAGACCUGAACGUAGGCUGAAUGCAAACUGGUGCAAUUUGUGGAAUAAUUGAGUGUUUAUGCUGCUGCUCCACAUUAAGGGAACCAUAAUAAAUUAUCACAAUGGCUGACUUAAUAAAAAUUGAUAUAAAAGUCUAA